AUGGUUCUUACAGAUCUGGAUGCUACAUAUCGCCCAGAUCUUCGCCGAGAUGUUUUUGUAAAAGAAGAGUACCACUUUUUAAACGUCUCUGGAAUUGGAACUUUUACGGUGUACGACAACUUUGACUGCACCUUUGAAUGCCUCGGCAAUCCGUCAUGUUUGUCUCUGAACCUGGCCGCCUCCAAGGGAGCCGAUGGAACACUUUGGUGCGAAUUGUUGACUUCUAGUAAAUACAUCAACCCGGACGAGUACAAAGAAAACAAGACUUCACAUCACUUUUCCUUGAAGGUGGGUUUAAUUUAAGCGUGGUAGGUAGGUAGGUAGGUAGGUAGGUAGGUAGGCAGGUGGGUAGGUAGGCAGGUAGGUAGGUAGCCUGCUCCAGGCUCCGAGAUAGUUGGGCCAAAUGAAUUGAGGGAGCGCGAAAACGAAAGUAAAACAGGAGGAAACUGGGGAAAGAAGGGGCGGCGGAGCCUGUAAUCAUUUCUUUAAAGGACCCGUUCCGGUAUACCAGUUUCUGGUAUACCCUCUGAUUGGUCAGAUUUGACAGAUUAUAUCAACACUCUCAAAGCGGGUCGUUCCUGUCACUCAGAAAGAUGGCAUGCGGCGCCCACGCGCGUGAAAUAGAGAAAUCCACGAUAACUUCUGUGUUGAACGAAUGUUUACGAGAUUUCCCGCACGUAGGAGCGCUAAAGAAAGAACAGAAGACCUGCCUUGUGAACUUGGCGAGAGGAAAAAAUGUUUUUGCAAUCCUGCCCACGGCUUCAGUCUUGCCUGAUAACAGAGUGUCAAUAACAGAACGGUCGCAAGAAGGAGUUAUCUUCGCGCUCCAGUCCAGACACACAUUAUCUAAGGAUCUCUUUAGAAAACCAAGCUGGAGGUUUCAAAAAAAUCAAAAGACUUAUUACUAAACUAAGACAAUGUAAAAAUAAUGUGAAUAAGACUUCGGACAUUUCUUCUACUGACCAAAGAGUUUCCAGGGCCAGAGGUGGUGUGGUCAUUAAAUAUUAAAUUGUCACAGAGCCGUCUAUACAGCCGUGUAUACAUAGUGAAAGAGAGUUCAGAUAAGACGAGCGAAUAUCGUAUCUGGCACCUGUAAAAACCUCAGACAUCGCGAGAUGGAAUUCUUUGUAGUUUAUCUUUCAACAAUUUGGCGCAUUGGUUCCACAGAGGGGAACAAUAAUCAAAGUAGGGCUGUACUAUACUCUUAUACAUUGUUUUACAAAUGUAAUUAGAUUUAGUUUUAUGAAUGAUCCCGUAGUCUCAACAUAAAACACUUCAACGGAUUAUGAAUUUGAAUUUUAAAAGAAAAAUGCAAGCCUCGUUUUGUUUGCGAUUUUAUGAGGGCAGGUGGGGAUGGACAUGUCUACCGAAAGAUUAUAAUCAUGCAAACGCUGGCUAAGAGCUAUGACAUAUUAAACAGCUUGUUUUGCUUCGUUUGAACACAUUAUAGUGACAGAUGGAUAAACUCAAGUCUAGUUUUUUUCAUCUCGUGGGUAAUGGCUUAUUUUUUCCUUAGUCAGCAAACGACUGAGGAGAUUCUCAGAAAAGCCAACAUAGAUUUCAUCCCAGCCAUCCGUGAAUUUAAAAGAGGAGUACAGUCAACUCUCGCCCUGCGGACACCUCGCUAUAACGAACACCCCGAUAAUACGCGUACAGACAGCAGCUAAAUCCCAGGAAAACAUAAAUCACAGACAUUUGGCUGAAAUAAACUCCCGCUAAUACGGACUCUCGCUAAUGAGGGCACUAACACGAGGUCCCUACUGUGUCCGCUAUAACGAGAGUUGACUGUAUUAGGUAAGGAAAUGGACAGCUGAAUGGGGAACUGAUCAAGUUGCCUCUAGUAGAAUUGGUGAAAAAAGAUGAAAAGUCUCUUGUUAUGUCUCUUCCAGGGUAGAUUCCGGCCGAAAUCCUGCGUCGAAUAUGGGCAGCAAGGUGCCUACAAAGAUGGAGUUUAUAAGAUUUAUGACAACAGCGGAAACACUUUCCCAGCCUACUGUGAUUUGAGAUCUGAGCCUGGUAUUGCAUGGACACUGGUCAUGUCGUGGAGUAGAGAAAAUCGCGGUAUUUCUUCAUUUAAAAGAGCCCCAUUUCAGAUCAAUGCCGCGGAAAACGAGAAUUCCUCGAAGUGGGAUCGUUACCGCUUAAGUCUGAAGCGAAUGAGAUCUCUGCAAGCUCACUCCACCCAUUGGCGAGCAACAUGCAGCUAUCCGACCCACGGCAUCGAUUUCAGAGACUACCUCCGUGGAAACUUCAAAGACUUUAACAUCAUCGACUUCCUCGGGUCGGCCACGUGCAAGAGAGUGGAAUACAUUAACAUCAGGGGUUACAACGGCACGAAUUUGACGGCGCCUUUCUGGCAAAUACUCAAUAGUUUCACUCUGCAUAUCGACAGUAGAUACAGUAGAUACACCAAAUGUGAGUUUAACGCUGCUAGUACUGGCGCCGUGUUAAGUGAAGACAACUUUGGCUACUAUGGGUCCUUCAACACCAACUUUCGCUGCACACAGGGCACCCAGUCCACCACCCAGUGGUGGUUUGGAGCUCUUGUCUAA